AAUACCAAUAAACCCCAAGGUGACCAUAAUCUCAAAGAAAAAAGAACCUCCCAAAAUAAAAACAGUGGUCAAUUAUGCCCCCUUCAGAAAGUCAAGAAUUUUGUCUAUUUUGGGCAUUUAAUCAUGGAAGAUGGGAAAUGAGCUAGUGAAAUAAAGAGGCAAACAGAAAUUACCAAGAAAAAAAAUUUAAGAGAUAAAGAAUAUACUGAUCUCCAGGGAAAUGGACAUAAAACUAAGAAGGACCAAAUGCUGUGCCUGGUCAACUCUCCUUUAUAACUGCAAAACAUGGGCAAUAUCCAAGAAGGCUAAGAACAGGCUGAAAGCCUUUGAAAUGUGGCUUUUAAGGCAAAUCUUGAGAGUCCCAAAAGAUCAAAUCCCGAAGUCCUGGAGAUGGCAUAAGGAAAAAAAAAGCUUCAUAAAGACCAUCAAACAAAAAACUCAGAUACUUACUCAGUAUCAGCAACUCUAUACAAAGGGCGCUGCAACAACAGUGGAAGGAAACAGCAGCAGGGGAUGACAAAGACAACAGAAACACAUCCACAGAAGCAACACUCACCACAGAAAAGUAACACAUCUGUCCUGAUUAGAUCCUCAGAGGCAUACAUGUGCACACCACACAGAGGCAAAGUGUAUGCACAUGCCCUGAUUAUCCCUGGAGAGAAAGUGGUGCAAGCUGUUAUUUCAUUACCCAGAAGAAAAAAACAGACCCCUCCAACGGCCACUGCUAAUAAAGGGAAGCUUUGGAAAGCACUGCAGAAACCAUGCUUGUUUUCUGAACUGAUACACCUGUCAGGGGCCAUGUGGUAACCAGCUCAUCAAGCCUUAAAGGCUAGAAGGACCAAAACCUAGGGAAGAGGGGCUGUCUGCUGGAAUGGUAUGUGGGGUGACCUUGGGAGACAGGAGGAAGAGCCACAGACUGGACAACUGGCAGGUAAAAGAGAGAGCCAGGAUUCAUUGUUGUGCUUCUUGUCUGGACUACCUCGAAGGGCUAACAUCUGCUGAGAUCUCAGGAUGCGGGUCUGAGGGGGCUUAUAAAUCUUGACUCAUCUAGGAAGUUAAAGCAAGGUCAGCAUUAGGAUGGAAGUUCUCCAGAUUUCUCCCGUUGUAGGCUCAAUGGGGAAUCAAAGCCGCAAGGCUGUGUCCACGUGAUCACAGGACAGAAUCGAGCAAGUCAGUUCUAAGGAGGUUUGACAACUACAGCAAACUUUCCUGCUCUUCUUUUCCGAACAAACCACGAGGGUAGGCGCGAUUUUCCACCUAGCCUGGCGCUUAUUUCAGGCGGCUGGUGCACCCAAGUGCCCAUCCUCCCUCUUCCCACGAGCGCUGCUGCCCGGGCCAAGCGCCUCCGAACUCCUUCCGCCAUCCCCGCUUGGCGCCUAGGGAGCUCGGUAUCCUCCUCUGUUUCUGCUCCGGGUUUGCUGCAAAAGCCGCCGCCGAAGAAAAGUGGGAAGGGUGGGGCCAAAGGCACAUGAUUCUUUUCGCCGUGGGGAAGUAGGUACUGUACAGUAUUGCUGGCUGAGCUUUCGGCAAGCCCGCCGCCUUCUCCUUCCCUUUCAGUAGGAGCGCGGCGCGUUAGGUCGGGGGGCUUGCCAAGGGAGCUGCUUAAGAGCCCCGCCCGCAUUCAUCCCUUUCCCCCUUCUGUGGCUGCACUGCGUGAGUCGUGAGUCGUGAGUCGUACGUCCUCCGGAGCAUCAGGAAAAGCUGUCGGAGGCAUCUUCUGACGGCCAGGGGUUCUGCAAAAGCCUGAUGCUGCUCGUUCUGGUGCUGUCUCUGGCCUUCAUGCACAAUGCUGUCUACGGGAGCAUUUCCUGUUACGAUGACUUUGGGCAGCCUGUGGACUGGUUUAUUGUUUACAAGUUGCCCAAGUCCUAUCAUAGCUCUGCAGUAGAGGGCAUGCGGUACAUGUAUCAAGAUGGACGUACCCAGGGCUGGGUGCAAGGGAGGAGCCUGAUGAACAGUACUGAGGGAGCUGUGGGCAGAACAUUGAAUCAGCUGUAUCAGGAGGCAGCAGACAGGCAGUGGGAGGAAGAGAUGGCCUAUGUCCUGUACAACGAUGAACCACCAAACGAGAAUUCCUCUGGUUCUAAGGGUCAUACAAAAGGAGUCAUCCUUCUGGACAGAACUCAAGGAUUCUGGCUCCUUCACAGCACGCCUCACUUUCCUCCCAGGCUAGAUGAGAAGGAGUAUGCCUGGCCCCACACUGCGCUGAUUUAUGGACAGAGCUUUGUUUGUGUCACCUACCCCUAUAGCCAGUUCAAAGCCAUAGGGAAUCAGCUGCUCUUCACGGAGCCUGAUGUCUACGAUUACCGUGUGCAAGGUGCCUUUGCCCAGGAUCUGCCUGCUUUGUUGAAUGCUUCUGAGGGACAACAUGUAGAGGAAGAGCCAUGGAACUCCCGGGUGACUCUUACAUCACUGAGGGGCAAGGAAUUCGUCAGCUUUGCAAAAUCCGGCUUCUUCGGUGAUGAUCUGUACUCUGGCUGGUUGGCCCAGGCUCUUGCCACUGAUCUCUAUGUGGAGUUCUGGGUCAAGUCUCGAGGGAUUCUGGCAUCCAACUGUUCUGGUCAGUUCAAUGUCUACAAUGUGGAACAACUGGCAUUCCGGGACCCAGCUACCCCCUUCUUUUCCACGAAGGACCAUUCCAAGUGGUGUGUUGGGACAGAGCGUGACCCGGGGUGGGCCUGUGUCGGAGACAUGAAUCGUAAUCAUGCAGAGGAACACCGUGGGGGUGGUACCCUCUGUUGCCGUGAUUUUGCUAUUUGGAAAAGCUUCCACUCCUUGGUACAGAACUAUACUGCUUGUGAUACAACAGGAUAUGGACUCUAAUUGGCUGAAGAUUCUCAGUGAUACUAAGGGAGCAGAAUUCAGCUAAUCGGGAAAGAUGACUAGAGGUGACUCCAAGGAGUACUAGUGCCCCUGCCUCUCUUGGUCACGGCAUAUUAACUCCCUACAUAGCAUAAUGUAAGGAGUUGUGCUGCUGCUUUGCUCCGCUGAUUUUUCUGAAGGUUAAUUCCCAGCAGCAGUUCCUGUAUGUUUCGGACUUCUCCUAACACUAUUUUUCCUGUUACGUAAUAGCACUUCCAGGGGGUACAUGAGCUAUAUGGAAAAAUACAGAAGGAAAUUCCUUUCCUGUAA